UCUCAUUUUGUUUGUUGGCUGUGACUGGCAUAGCAGAUGUGUGUGUCAGUUACAACUUCUGCGCUUCAUUAAGGUUGUCUGAGCUGUAUUAAUUUAAAACACCACAGCUAUCACCCCAGCAGUGCCAGUGAGACUUGGGCCCAUCCAUGAGCUCAGAUUUCCAGCAUUACAGUUUCAGGAUGCCGAACAUUGGGUUUCAGAACCUGCCUCUCAAUAUAUACAUUGUGGUUUUUGGCACUGCCAUAUUCGUCUUCAUCCUUAGUUUACUCUUCUGUUGCUACUUGAUCAGGCUCAGACAUCAGGCACACAAAGAGCUUUAUGCCUACAAACAGGUUAUUCUAAAGGAAAAAGUAAAAGAGCUUAAUCUGCAUGAGAUCUGUGCCGUUUGUUUGGAGGAAUUCAAGCCCAAAGACGAGUUGGGAAUCUGUCCAUGUAAACAUGCCUUCCACAGAAGUAAGUGCCUCAUUAAGUGGUUGGAGGUGCGAAAAGUGUGUCCACUCUGCAACAUGCCUGUUCUACAGCUGGCACAACUCCAUAAUAAGCAGGACCAUGGGCCUCCCCAGGGACCACUGCCUGGGGCAGAGAACAUUGUAUAGCUUCUCCUAAGCAAAGGACACUUCCAUCACAAAAAAAUCACAAGGAUGAAAAUGAUGGACUUAUGCAGAGAAUCGCAGAUCUCUGAAUCUGUUCCUUACAGCCUUGGUGCAUCUACCAGGAUUCCCUUUGUCUCAUGAAGAGCUCCCAUGGUGCACUUUAGGGGACGGGGCCAGAUGCUUGGACUUCAGAACAACCAAAGCAAUAUGCCACCAGUGCAACAAGAAGACAAAAGGCAACGACAAGCCUAUGUGUUUGGGUUUUUGAGAGCACUUUAUGACGGACCCUGUCGCCGAUAUUACACGUGUAGGCCUGGUACCUGUUUCUGGCUAGUUGACUAUAUUGUGUGCUGAGUAGGAGGGACAAUGUCACGAGUAUUAUAAGAGAACUUACGAGGGCAAGUCUUUCAAGACACUGGCCCCUGGGUACCUUGAAUGGCAGAUCUUAUGCAGCCAGUGGACAUCUUCCCAUCUCAGAAAAACAAAACCAACCUUCACACCCCCUUUAAAAACUGUCUCCAUAAGGCCCACACGCAGCCAGUGGUUACCUCACGCUGAAUUGCUAAUGGCAGGAGAAAUGAGCAAGGGUUUACAUUGUUCCUUUAAGGAGAGUUUCCUGAAGUUGUGGGAUUACUCAGAAAUUUAAAUUUCUGAGUAAUGUCCUGUUAGCAGAGACAGCACUAGACCAGUCUGCCAACAGCCUCUAAGACAGUGCAAGCACAUAAGCACUCUGGCUGAAGUAGUUCCAGGGAAAGGUUUGCAGGGUACUGUCCAGUAAGGGCACUGGGUCACUCUAAUGUGCACGUAUGGCCUGAUUGUGCGGAGAUGUUGAGCACCCACAGCUCCCUAGUCUUCAUCUCUGAGAAUCAACCUUACUUGACCCCAGAGGAGCAGUGAGGUGGAUCUGCCUCUUGAGAACAUCCAUUGCCCCCGAGUGUUCUGAAAAAUGAUGGGAUGAUUCCUACCAAGCGCUGGCAUUAAGCUGGCUUUGGGACACAGGCACUUACUGCAAACUGCACAGCAGCCAUACAUGUGUCCUUAUUUUCCUCUGCAAUACGAAAGCCCAUUUAAAAAAAUCUAAGUCCAAGGCCCAUCGGUUGCAUGCUUUCUUCCCUUCUCGUGUAGUUGGUGAAGCAUGGUUGCAGUACACUGCCUCACUCUCCCACACACCCUCCUGUCUGCACAAUCACAAUCUCAAAGGGCUGAUUUAACCUGGCACAGAUGGGCCCAAGUCCCUAAAUUCGCAGAGCUGCUGCCUCUUACUUCAGAGCCAAUGAUAACCUUGACCUAUCUUGUUCUUUCUCUUGGCUCUGAACUAGAGAGAGGUACCACGUCAUUCUUCUGGGUGCAGAGGUAUUCAGUCGUCCUUUUGAGUUCUGUGGCCCACUUGAAAUGAUGCACAUCAGGAUAAGCGACGGGGCAUAAGUCUGUUUGUGUACAUACGUUUCUUGGGGUUGAGGAGUACCCUUGGUGUUUGGCCGAAGUAUACUUAAGCAGGGUAGGUUUUCCGAUUUCUAGCUCCACUUUCUGAGUGAUUCAAAGUACUGACACUACUGAGAUUCCUGAAUUAGAUCAAUAUAAACAGUACAGAUAUGGCUGGGACUCAGAGGGAAGUUCUCCUUAAAGGUACGUAGCUAGCCAUUGUCUAAAAUACCGUAAAUGUGCAUAUUGCUUACUGCAUUGGCUUGCCAGCCCUUUCUCCUCCUAGGUACACACCUGCGUGCCUAUAGCAUCUGCUGUAGUGCCGUCCCAUGAGAGCCUCACAGCUAUUCCCAUUCAAGGCGGAUCCUCUGGUUCUUUAACAUGUUCCAGGACCCUGAUAUCCCUGAUCUCUUUGCUGUCUCAUCCAAUCCAGUUUACAUCUCAUGUACUACCAGGAAGUCCUUUUGUCUUCUAAACAUUGCUUAUAAGGGCCAAAUCCUGCUUGCCAUUGAUCUCAAUGGAAAAACUCUCCUUAACCUCUGUGGCAUCAGGAUAGGGGACAUCCGAGGGGGAAGAUUCACUUACUCGCGAGUGUCCUCUGCGCUGACUUUGACUUUGACUAUUGCAGACUGUAUUGUGACGGGAUGGGAGGGGAAGGCACGUGUAUUGUUUAUAAAUGUGAACCCGUGGCUAGUUCACCUGCUUAUUUGCCUGCUCGCAGGUAUUUGCAUAAGCUGUGAAUGACUGAACAGUUUUACAGAGGAGCUUUGCAACGACCAGUGGGAAGAAGGAUGGGUUGUGAACAUCUACCAUUAGUCACUUUGUCCGUCGUGAACUUCAAAUUCUCCAUUUAACCGGAAUAGAAAAGGUCCAAAUGCCGUUAUUUCCCUUUCGUCGAUCAGCACUAAGCUGGUAGUGAUCAGCAGUAUUGAUUAAAGCAAUAUUAGGUGCCUUUGACCUUUGUUCCCUUUACAGAGCUAGGGGUACAGUAGCACACCACCAUCAGCUCUUGCGGAUGAAACGGACAGUUCCUACCAUGCCUCAGCCUGUCGAGUUUCUGUCUCUGGCCCAGCCAGGCAGGGCACGCUGGCCUAUAGAUGGAUGUCAGCAAAGAGGGUUGAUGACUUGUCUCUCUGAUGUAGCCUAAUAUAUGCAUUUCUAAUGUGCCUACACAAUAAUUUAGGUCAAGACUUGAACAAAAAACACUCCUGCUGCCACUGAAGUCAAUGGGAAUUUUUGCCCACGGGCUUCACUAGGAGCAGGAUCUGAUCCAGAUGGCUGUCCUGUGAUACACGCACCCUUCCUGACCCCCACCCACCACCAAUAUUGAGCCUUUUUGUGUACUUUUAUUUUUUUGCCACAGCCGUUUUUUUUAAGUCAUUCAGAAGAAUCUGCGUCCUGAACAUUUUAUGUAUGAGACUCUUACCUAGGCAAUUAGGUAUCUUAGAUUGUAUUCUGAAUGGAACAAAGAUCUGGAUUUGAACUAUGAAUAUAAAGUGACAGGGCUGGCUUAGUGUCUUCCCUGCUGUCUCCUGGCUGUGCAGAUAACGUUUGCAUUUUAUUUCUGUGAUGAAUACCACAGGCUACAGUGCUGUAUCUCAUUGAUAGAUUCAUAGAUACUAAAGUCAGAAGGGACUAUUAUGAUCAUCUAGUCCAACCUACUGCACAACGCAGGCCACAGAAUCUCACCCACCCACUCCUGCAAAAAGCCUCUCACCUAUGUCUGGGCUAUUGAAGUCCUCAAAUCGUGGUUUAAAGACUUCAAGGAGCAGAGAAUCCUCCAGCAAGUGACCCGUGCCCCACACUACAGAGGAAGGCGAAAAACCUCCAAGGGCCUCUUCCAAUCUGCCCUGGAGGAAAAUUCCUUCCCGAUCCCAAAUAUGGCGAUCAGCUAAACCUGAGCAUAUGGGCAAGAUUCACCAGCCAGAUAUCCAGGAAAGAUAUCAUUGAGGAUAAAACUGUGUGAUCCUGCAUUCUUGUGCCCUGGAAAAAGAGCCAGCCUGGCUGAACUGCUUCCUAGGUGCCCUGCAGGAGAAAAUCUGUGAAUUCCUUCCCUGAACAUCGAGGCCGCUGAGGAUGCUCGCUAAGAAAGUGGUGGCUUUUGGUCUCCACUUCACAGUAAAUGAAAGUGACUUAUAGGCUGGUCUCUCAGCAUACAACUCCUGGAGUCCGUGUCCCUCCAUUCCUGUGGCUGGAUUAGAAUUUAGUAUGAAUUCUAUGGGGCUUCCUCUCACAGCUCCUGACCCUUCCAGGUUCUCGGUGCUCAGAGCUUCUCCAGAAAUCACUGGAGUUCUGUGCAAGGACAGUUUGCAGGAUCAGCGCUAAGGAUUUUUCUUAUGGCUCGGUUGGUGGGUUGGUAAUAGGGUAGUGCAAAAAGCUUCAGGUCUGGGUAGGAAUCUAGCCUAGGUCAGCUGUGUCUGAAAGUCACAGCCACAUGAUGGUAGUUGAGUGAUCUGCGAAUUGGCAGUCUUACUCCCUUUGUUAGCAUCUGGUCUCUCUAUUCCCAGAUACUUUAUCUCAUUUGGUACCCUUGUUGGGAAUCAGAGUAGCCAGGCUGACAAAUGAGCCAUGGACGCUUCUUCCUUCUCGUUCCUAGGGGUGUCUCUUCAAAGCAGGGACAGAGGCACAGGGAGAUGACUGCAUGAUGCUGUUUGCAGGACCACUGUCUGUUCUGGGCAUAGAUCUUCAGUCUUGAGCGUUUCAAUCUAUAAUUAGUUUAUUAGUUUCACUAAAUUCUCUGAAACAAAACUUAACUUUUCUGGUUCUCUGCGUUAUAUCAAGUUACAAGGAAACUUGAAGGCAUGCUCUGAUUGGGCCCCAAAUCCUAUAGGGGCCGGUAACCAUACAGAUACAUAGAAUAAUGUCAACACAGCAACUGUAAAACCGCGAAGAGGGGAGGGUUAAAACCCUCUUGCAGAAGCUGGUCUGAAUUGGUGCCACUUGAAAUGUCCUCUCAAAUGGCCAGAGGAAUUCCCUGCACUUGCCUGGUGUGCUACAUCCUUCAUUGUUUGGUUGAACGAGUACCUACAGCAUGGCUGAUUUAUUCCUUUUGGCUUUACCAGAAUAUUCAGCUCCCAAUCACAUCCACGCAGUCAAUGAACCAGUGGAGUGAGGUGUAUUUUAAUUUAAAGGGCUGUUACAGUGAGACUCCAUCUUUCUCCUGUUGCUGUCCAUUUUAGAGCCAUCUCAACCGUACUCAGGUUCACCUUGCUAAGGGAUGUUAUGAAGGUAGUUUGCCAGUUCCACUCUAAUCUCUGUAACCGAUACACCACCACCUUGUGUAUAGUAUCUGUCUGGUAUCUCUAGAGCAAUUGACUACCUCAAGAGAGCCAUUUAAUGUCUUAAAUGUCAGUGGUAUAUGUCACAAAUGUAUGGGGGGGAGGGGUGAUAACAACAUCCCGGAGCAUAUGAAUGUGUUGUCCUCUCUCCAUUUCCCAGCACUAAAUUCUGCAGAAUAGCACUCAGGCUCUUGAGCAGAUUUGUGGUUUGUUUCAUGUUAACUGGUGGCCAAAAGUGGCACAGAUCCCUGCAAGCUCAGCACUUGCUCGAGACAGUGACCCGGGCUUGUGGGGGGAAUUAGGCUAAAAUUCACAGGAACCACAUUUCUGUCAGGUAAGAUUCCCUUUCCCAAUCUCGUUAGUCAAAAAUGUUUGUUUGACAGGCCACCUACCCACAAUUCCCAUUCACUUCAAUGGGAUUUGUGUGUGAUUGGCAUCUCUCAAGAUCGGACCCUAAGAGCCCAUUCAGCCAGUGGAUGAAAGUAGAAGCCCUCAUGGCAAAUGCACUUGUAUCUCCCUUGACUGAUUGGUCCCUUCGUAUAUAGACCUUCUAACAGUAUCCUCUCCUUUAGUAUGUACCCAUAACUCCCACCAGUUAAUGGGAGAUAGAUGUGUACAUAUCUAUGCAAGAAUAGGCCACUAAUUUUAGCAGGCUAGUUGCAAUCAGUUCAUGGUUGGUUUCUUAUAGCUGAACUAGGACAAAUUGCUCAUGGAUAAUCCCUGCUAGCUCGCUGUUUCUCUCCCAAGUGCAUGAUUGAUGCAAAUUUCCAUUCCCAGGAGUUGAGUGGACAGGAUUUCUGUGAAUGGCCAGUCCUUGGUGCCAACUCCUUUUGUGAUACAAAACAUACACUGUUCACUGUAAAAGCUAAACCUUGUGGCAAAGAAGGUAUUUGGAAGUAUAGAUUCUACCAUGUGCCUAUGUCUUGGGUUUCCUUCAAAAGUUGACUAUUUGCCUUUAUUGGAGAAAAUUAAGCAACUUGUAGUCAACAUUUGAAAACUCUGUUGUGUGUAUUUCAAAGCAAAAGGCCCGAGUGUUAAUUAGUUGCCAUAAACCAGGUUGCACUGACCCAUUGGUCCAGAGCAUUUGUAGUGGUGGUGGUGGAUUCUGAAGCUUGAUCAGAUUUCAUUGACUUGAUGAGGAAAUGGAGCUGCAGGGCAUAGUUCUGUGUCCUCCUGGAUGUGUCUUCCUAAAACUCUACAUGGUUGGUGAAGGCUCACUUUCCCCCUUGCUUGUUUUUGGUGACCCUAGUAUUGAGCUGUUUGCCAGUGUAUGGCUGACCUGUCUGAUCUCUCAUCUGAGUGUAAAUCUGGAGUAACUCCAUGACCACCAGUGGAUUUAUACCAGUGUGAGAUCAGAAUCCAACUCCAUGUCAUGGGGAUAACUAUCUAUUGAUCAGUCUCUAGAUGACUUUGGAUGUAAAUGGAAGGGGCAGGAUAUUACCUGAACCCUACUCUUUCUUAGGAGUUUCUCUUUUUUGCUUCAGUAUUUACAACUCUCCCUAUUGAAGGGGUGCAAGAAAGGGGUCAUUCAGUAUUACAUUGUACAGGCUUUUCUAAUGGCAGAGUAGACUCUUCUUUCCAAUCCUUUUAGAAUGGGGCUAAAGUUUCCCAUUAACAAUUAGUCUGUGUAUUUUGAUAGCAUCAGUAUCUGAACUAUCGCUAGCAUUUGACCAGUCUUGUGACUAGGCCACCAGGGGUUUGGAUUGGGGGCGGGAGGGUGGCAUUUUCUCCUUCUCUGUAAAUACCGUGUGACUCCUGAGAUGUUUAUGCCUCUGGGUUCAUAGACUGUUUGUACACUAAGAGUUCUGCAGCAGAAUGUUUUUUAAAACAUUCGCUGUUUUUUGUAAGCUAUAUUUUGUAUAUUUAAUUGCUAUUUUAAAAUUCUAAUGCAUCUUUUUUGCUAAUCACACUAUUGUUAAGGAAAAGAGAAUUUGCAUGUGAUUGGACUUGAAAUGUAAAUAAAUGCGGAUUUUGGAAA